AUGGAUGGCACCGCAGGCGGAGGCACAGGCGGAGGCACAGGCGAGGGCACAGGCACAGGCCAUGGCGGGCAGGGGAUCCCUGUCCAGAUGGGAACGACAUGCCGGCGCCGCACCUGGCCGUUCACAUGCCGUAAACGGAAACCGGUAACCUGUCCGCAGCCCCGGCCGACAAAUGGGACACGGUGCCGGCUGCUGCCCACACGCCCAGCAACCUCCAGCCCGCGACAAACACCACCACUACCACCACCACCAUGCCCAGCCCGCGCCUCAGGGGCACCAGCGCCAGCCAGAGAGCCCGGCCAGACUGGCCGCGGCGGCGCCCGGCGAGUCAGCAGAGACGCCGAAGAAUUUCUCGAAGCCCAGCUCAGACCACAGUGCGCAGCCGGGCGGGCACGGGCGUGGGCAGUGGGCAAUGGGCAAUGGGCAAUGGGUCAGGCUGCGCUUGACCUCCAGUGA